AUGGCGGUCUCUCUCUUCAACCUCGGUGGCGACACGGCCUCCACUGUUCUUUGGUCAUCGGUUGAGGUCGGCUUUGUGUCACUACUUGAUGUUCCAUCCAUUGAAUCAAGUAGCUGUGCUCCCAAGCUUCUUGGACAGAUUUCGAGUUGGAGGUCGACCACCUCAGCAAAGACACGAAUGAGAGGAAGCUUUGUUUUGAGCCGUGGAAUGUCAUUUAGAGUUGAAAGACAGCCUCAACAAGUUUCAAGUUGGAGGCUGACCACCACAGGAAAGACACGAAUGAGAGGAAGCUUUGUUUCGAGUCGUAGAAUGACUUUCAGAGUUGAAAUACAAGGGUUUUGUUAUUUGUAUGUUGAUGAAAGUAAGGAGCAGUCGACCGACACGGGAUCCAUGAGAUUCGAGGGCCUCUUAUGGUGGGCGGGGCUGAUCUGGUCACAUUCACCCAUCAGGAUGGAGAGAGAUUUCGAAACGAUUACUGGUUUAAUCACAUACUGUUUCAUGAUGACAGUCAUUUAUUUGCAAGUUCCAAAGGAAAAGGAAUUGAAAGGAAGGAGGGCAGUAACAAGAUUUUUGAAAUCCUUGAGAUGGAAAAAGAAAAAGGAGAUUCAAAGAAUGACUGCGGAUGAGAAGAUUUUGUACAAACUGAAGCUAGCUCGAAAGAAGGAAGAGCAGCUUGUUGCAGCACUGAAAAAAAUUGAACCAGAAGAUCCAUCAGAACCUACACAUGAUCCCGAGGUGCUUACACCUGAAGAGCACUUCUAUUUCCUCAAGAUGGGCCAAAAAUGUAAAAACUAUGUGCCUGUUGGAAGACGUGGAAUUUACCAGGGAGUGAUCUUGAACAUGCACUUGCAUUGGAAAAAGCAUCAAACUCUCCAGGUAAUUGUGAAAACAUUCACACCAGAGGAGGUCAAGGAAAUUGCCACUGAGUUAGCCAGACUAAGUGGUGGGAUUGUGCUUGACAUUCAAGAUGGGAACACAAUUAUUAUGUACAGAGGGAAAAACUAUGCACAGCCACCACCAGAAAUCAUGUCUCCAAAAGUUUCACUCUCUAGGAAAAAGGCACUGGAUAAAUCCAAAUAUAUGGAAAAGCUCAGAGCUCUUAGGCGGUACAUUCCUAGGCUUGAGCAGGAGCUUGAAGAUCUUUAUGCGCAGAUGAAGUUAGCUGGAGAGCAUAAAGGACAAAGUGUAGGGAAACAUGUUGCUUCAAUUUCACACAAUACAAACAGUAUGCCAGCGAGAAAAGAACCUUGUAGUUCAGUUCACAGCAAAACCGUAUCUGAUCUCCUGUCGGGAAGUGUAGAGGGAUCCGAAAGUUCUGAGGUUGAGGACGACUCAGCUUCAGAGUCUUUGUUAUUUUCAGAGUCUGAGGAUCUCUCUGACAUUUUUGAGACAGAAUCAGAGGAGCAGGAAGAGGACAACAAGGAUCGCCCCUUGUAUCUCGAUAGGCUGGAUAAGUUUCCCUCAGAAAAAAAUGAUAAUGAACCAGAUGAUUUCGAGGCGCAUCUAUGGAAGAUCGCUUCACUUUCAGAUAAGACUGAUUCACCUUCAAAAGAACUGAAAAGUGUCAGAGCUUGA